AUAAACGGUUGGAUAUUUAAUUGCAGAACUUAUUUUAGAGACUGGUAUUGUAGGGGAGCCGGCUUCUAUCCGAUCUCUCAGAAUUACUAUCUCCAUCCAGUUCGGCGAAAACCAAAGGCUCUAGCCCUCUUGAUCUGUGGUUGUAUUAAGUUAAGCUAGAGAAGUAGGGAUGUACAACGGGAUUGGAUUACAGACUCCAAGAGGGUCUGGAACUAAUGGUUACAUCCAGGGCAAUAAGUUUUUCGUCAGGCCAAAGACGAACAAGGUGGAUGUGAACAACAAGGGGUUUGAGGUGGACCAAGGUACUGCUGGUGUGACCAGGAAACCAAACAAGGACAUACUUGAGCAUGAUCGCAAGCGCCAAAUCCAGCUCAAGCUUGUUGAGCUUGAAGACAAGCUUAUUGACCAGGGAUACACGGAUGCAGAGAUUUCCGAGAAGAUUGAGGAGGCUCGAAAGACUCUUGAAGCAACUGCUGCCUCUGAGGCAAGUGGUGGACCCACUGCCAUUGUCGUUACUGAUCAGAAGAUAUCAAAUACUCAGACUCAUCAAAUUGCUGCUAGAAAGGAGAAACAGAUGGAGACGCUGAGAGCUGCCCUUGGAAUCAGUUUGGCUGAACCUCAUGAACCAAGUGGAGAGACAAAGAGUGAUGCUGAACUGGAAGGCGGAUAUAAAAAGAAUGCAAAUGGUGGUGGUAAGCAUAAUGAGAAACGUGAACAUACCUUUUUGGACAGAGAGUACAGCUCAAAGAAACAUAUGGUUGAAGAUCCAAAAUCUGGGAAGGAUGAUAAGAAAAAGGGAGAAGGAGACCUGAAACGUAUGAAGAAAAGAGGAGAUAGGUCUGAUGAGUCAAGGCACCACAAGAAGGAAGGAAGUAGGAGGAGAAGGCAUGAGGAUGAUUCUUCUGGUGAAGAUAGCAGAGGGGAGGAUGGUGGUGAAGUCCUGAAAAAUAUGAAGAAAAAAGGAGAUAAGUCUGAUGAGCCAAGGCACCACAAGAAGGAAGGAAGUAGGAGAAGGCGGCACGAGGAUGGUUCUUCUGGUGAAGAUGGUAGUGGGGAGGAUGGUGGUGGAGACCUGAAAAGUAUGAAGAAAAGAGGAGAUAGGUUUGAUGAGCCAAGGCGCCGCGAGAACGAAGGAAGUAGGAGAAGGCACGAGGAUGAUUCUUCUGGGGAAGAUAGCAGUGGGGAGGAUAGUGGUGGAGACUUGAAAAGUUUGAAGAAAGGAGGAGAUAGGUUUGAUGAGCCAAGGCACCGCAAGAAGGAAGGAAGUAGGAGAAGAAGGCACGAAGAUGGUUCUUCUGGUGAAGAUAGGAGUGGGGAGGAUGGUGGUAGAGACCUGAAAAGUAUGAAGAAAGGAGGAGAUAGGUCUGACGAGCUAAGGCACCCCAAGAAGGAAGGAAGUAGGAGAAGAAGGCACGAGUAUGGUUCUUCUGGUGAAGAUAGCAGUGGGGAGGAUGGUGGUGGAGACUUGAAAAGUAUGAAGAAAAGAGGAGAUAGGUAUGACGAGCCAAGGCACCGCGAAAAGGAAGGAAGUAGGAGAAGGAGGCACGAGGAUGGUUCUUCUGGUGAAGAUAGGAGUGGGGAGGAUGGUGGUGGAAACUGGAAAAGUAUGAAGAAAAAAGGAGAUAGAUCUGAUGAGCCAAGGCUCCCCAAGAAGGAAGGAAGUAGGAGAAGGCAUGAUGAUGGUUCUUCUGAUGAAGAAGGCAGUGAGGAGGAUGGUGGUGGAGGCCUGAAAAGUACGAAGAAAAGAGGAGAUAGGUCUGACGAGCCAAGGCACCGCAAGAAGGAAGGAAGUAGGAGAAGGCACGAGGAUGGUUCUUCUGAUGAAGAUAGGCGUGGGGAGGAUGGUGGUGGAGACCUGAAAAGUAUGAAGAAAAGAGGAGAUAGGUCUGACGAGCCAAGGCACCCCAAGAAGGAAGGAAGUAGGAGAAGGCACGAGGAUGGUUCUUCUGAUGAAGAUAGGCGUGGGGAGGAUGGUGGUGGAGACCUGAAAAGUAUGAAGAAAAGAGGAGAUAGGUCUGACGAGCCAAGGCACCCCAAGAAGGAAGGAAGUGGGAGAAGGCACGAGGAUGGUUCUUCUGAUGAAGAUAGGCGUGGGGAGGAUGGUGGUGGAGACCUGAAAAGUAUGAAGAAAAGAGGAGAUAGGUCUGACGAGCCAAGGCACCCCAAGAAGGAAGGAAGUGGGAGAAGGCACGAGGAUGGUUCUUCUGAUGAAGAUAGGCGUGGGGAGGAUGGUGGUGGAGACCUGAAAAGUAUGAAGACAAGAGGAGAUAGGUCUGACGAGCUAAGGCACCCCAAGAAGGAAGGAAGUGGGAGAAGAAGGCAUGGGGAUGGUUCUUCUGAUGAAGAUAGGCGUGGGGAGGAUGGUGGUGGAGACCUGAAAAGUAUGAAGAGAAGAGGAGAUAGGUCUGAUGAGCUAAGGCACCCCAAGAAGGAAGGAAGUGGGAGAAGAAGGCAUGGGGAUGGUUCUUCUGGUGAGAAUGGCAGUAGAGACCUGGAAAGUUUGAAGAGAAGAGGAGAUAGGUCUUAUGAGCCUAGGCACCAAAAGAAGGAAGGAAUUAUGAAAAGAAGGUAUGAGGAUGAUUCUUCUGGUGAGGGCGGCAGCAGGGAGGAUGGUGGUGGAGACCGGAAAAGUAUGAAGAGAAGAGUAGGUAGUUAUGAUGAGUCGGGCCCCCGCAAGAAGGAAGCAAGUAGGAGAAGAAGGCAUGAGGAUGAUUCUUCUGGAGAAAAUAGCAGUGGGGAGGAUAAGCGGAACAAGAAAAGCAGACGAACUUCUAGGCAAGGCUAAUCAAUUAUGCACCAUACUAGUUCAAGACCCUUGCUCCAUCAAUGACUUGAGCUGAAUAUGGAUACUCAACCGGAUCACUAUGUGCUUCCUGGAUUUGCUAUCACCAGUUAUGUUGCUUCGUUUUCACUUUGCUUCAUCUUCUAUCAUGUGGUUUCUGUAAGUUCAAAGAUUUCAUCAUCUGGAUAUUGUGUUCUUUAGAAAUAUGUAAUGGUUCGUGUUGUAGACAUGGCUACUAUUGCAAGUUCCACAAGUAUAUGCGCUUACUCGUGGAUUCUAGUGUCGAAGAUGGCAGCGAAGGGAUUGUUGUGUUUUCUUUUUCUUUUUGAUAAGAGGGUUUGGGAUAUCA